AUGUGCUACUACAGCAACUACUAUGGUGGCCUGGGCUAUGGCUAUGGCAGCCUAGGCCGUGGCUAUGGCUGUGGUUAUGGCUAUGGUGGCCAUGAUGGCUAUGGUUAUGGCUGUUACCACCCGCUGUGCUGUAGAAGAUACUGGUCGUAUGGUUUCUACUGA